UUAAAUAUCGUAAAGGUAUACAAAUAAUCUAGUAAAAGUGUCAACAAAAAAUUUAAUAUGAGAUUCAAAAUAUCUGUACAAGAAGAUAAUGGACAUAAAAGAUUAAUCACUUGUGUUGCAUGGAGUUCAACAGAAGAAAUUUAUUCUUGUGGGGAAGAUCAUUUAUUAAUAUGCUGGCAUUUAGAAGGCGGAAUUGCACAUUCCACCAUUGUAACAGAAUUUUCUAGUGAUUUUUAUCCUACCGAUAUGCAAUGGCAUCCACGUCCUAAUCAUACCGCUUCUGUUAAAAAAUCUUUAGAUGUAUUAUUAAUUACUACAGCCGAUGGAAAAUACCAUUUGAUUAAUAAAAAUGGUCGCAUCGAAAAAAGUAUUGAUGCUCAUAAAGGUGCCACUACAAUAGGAAGAUGGAGUACUGAUGGUUCUGCAUUAUUGACAGCUGGUGAAGACGGAUUAAUUAAGGUUUGGUCUCGCAGUGGUAUGCUUCGAUCAACGUUGGUAAAAGCAAGCCUUCCUAUAUUAACAUCAAGCUGGAGUCCUGAUUGUUCAACGAUACUGUAUUCUCAAGGUGGAAAUUUGUUUCUUCAGUCAUUUAAUUCAAAUUCAAAACCGUAUAAGUGGCACGCACAUAAUAAUCUCAUAUUAGUUGCUUGCUGGAAUUCAACAAAUGGACUUAUAGUUUCUGGUGGCGAGGACUGUAAAUAUAAGGUAUGGGACGCUACUGGUCAUCAACUAUAUUGCAGUAAUAUUGGUGAUCACCCUGUAACAGCUAUUAGCUGGUGUCAUUCUUCUGGCGAGUAUUUUGCUGUUGGAUCUUUCAAUACAAUCAAACUUUGUGAUAAAAAUGGGUGGUUACACUCUAUAGAAAAAGUGAAUACUGGAAGCAUUUAUAGCAUAGCUUGGUCCAGCGAUAGUACACAAGUGGCUAUGGCAUGCAGUAACGGAAAACUUUUGACUGGACAUGUUAUAGAUAGGUAAGUUUUAAUG